AACAAUAUCUUUUUUAUUUUUUUAAAAAUCGAAUGCAUACAUAGUGUCAGUUAACGUUUUAAAUUCUAUAAUUAAUUCCGUGUAAAGUGCAGUGUCAAAGACUGGCCGAAAAGAAUUUUUCUUAGUGGUUUGUUGUGCUAAUUCUUAUAAUGGCCGACAAGCUGAAAUAUAACCUUCACGUGCUGAAGCCAACUUUUUUCACGGGCUAAACGUUAUUUCUUAAUCCACAUAAAUUUCCUUGAGUCGCGUGAUGUUUUUAGUGUUAAAUAAUCAGUACUAGACUUUUGUUUUUUAAAAUGACAGCUAAGCUAAGGAAAUUUCGCGCCAAAAAAACAAUCAUGGUGGAUAUGGUAUCGGUUAUUUAUUAUGUGUUCAAAAUUAAAUUGAAAUGACGACGUCUGAACGGUGUACAGUGAGUUGAGACAAUUCAGCGAAAAUGUGAAAUUUUGUGACUAUUUACAAAUUGUUGGAUCUUCCAAAAUAUUAACUGUGUGUGUUGUGUUUAUGUUAUUUUGGCUGUGACAUUGUCUUCUGAAGUUAGAAACUCCAAUCGAAAAAUGAGAAGAUAACACAAAAAUGGCCUUGAAGUUGAAAUAUAAAGAUGAGCAUGGCAUACUACACAUCAACAUGAGUCCGUCCAACACACCACAAGUCGAGUCCAACGCCCAACCCUCGGAAGACCAGCGCAACGAUAUAACCGAUCCAAAAUUCGAUACAAUCAACAAUCGGUUCGCGCAAUACGAUUUAUUCGGGGGCAAAUACGAUACAGAUGGUGGGGAAACACCGCGAUCGCUCUUCCGAAGCCGCUACAAUAGCAUAGAAGAGGAACUUGCCAAUACGCCGUACGCAUUUGCAACGGAACGCUCGUUGCGUUUAAACAACUUGUUGGAUAUAACUAUACAAUCGCGUCUCGACGAGCCGUCCCCGUCCAAAGACAUAGAGGACGACCGGUACUUCAAUCGGAGCGAGUUAUUCGGACCCCAAAUCGAUUUUAAAAGCUCGAUCAAAACAUCGGACGAGGACGAAACUCCUGCGUUUACUGUGACGCAAUUAAUUCACGCGCAGGACAGAUAUUUCGAUUUGUCCUCGCGCCAAUCGAGUAGUGUUGUAGAGAGUCCAAAGGAUAAAGUGAGUUUUGAAGUGAAAAGUGUUGGUUCCGGGAAGGAGAGGACUGUCAGGGUUGUUGGUAAAGGUGGAGAAAGUGAGAAAGAUGAGGCGUUCAGGGUGCUAUCCGGGGGCGCUGUGAGGACGGUGCCCGCGAAACCGGCGUCGGCGACGCAACCAGUGGUGCCAACAUCGAAGAGAAAGCGAGAGUCAUCAUUUGCUAUUAUAGCGGAAACUCCGGUCGCUUCUCGUCCUUCCAGCCCUAGGUCACUGCCAGUUGAAAUAAGGCCUGGAAGGGUGUCACCUUUUAAAGGUCGUGGAUUCAGAGAAGAGACAUCUCGACAUACCACACCAAAAACAUCAGCUGCCAAUUCCCGAACAAACUCACCUCCUAGAAGAAGAACCAACUCUUUAUCUAAAAUCGACAAAAUGGCCCAGGCAGCCACACUGCAACCUCUUAUACACACUUUAAGCAGACCACAUUCACCCAGAAAUUUUCUUAAAGAAAAUAUUGAAGAAAUUAGGGAAUUAAGUGAACUAAAUAGAGAAAAACAUGAAGCUGAAGCACAAAGAAAGAAAAUGGAAGAAGAAGAAGCAUUGUUGAAAGAGAUGGGACUAUUAGAUAAGAAUGCAAGAAGUGAUGCUAUUAGAAGUGUUGUGUGUUCACGUACAACAUCCAGAAGUAAUUCUCCAAACAAAAUAAACCUUCGGUCCAGAUCGAAUUCUCCUUCAGCUAUAUUACAUUUUGAAAAUAUUCCUCCCAAUAGCAAAGAAUAUAUCAAUCAAGAUGAUGGGAUGCCAAAACCUGUAACACAUAAAUCUCGAAUUCGAUCUGUUUCAAGGUCACAACCCCAAUCGAAUGAUGGUUCACCUAAACAUUCUUCUAAAAUACCCAAACGCCAAAAUUCUGUUUCACCAUCGAGACGAGAUAAUUCUAAAUCGAGACUUCCAGAAAAUAGCCUCAACAAAAAUCAAAGAUUUAUUUCAAACAGUACUAGUAGUAUUCAUGAAACUAUAAAAGUUGGGAGUCAAGUACAUGAUAAAAGAGCUAUAAGUAAGAGUACACAAUUUCUGAAUAUUGCACCAGCUCAUAUUAGAGGAAAGCCUCCUAUUUCCCCUGGUCGUGGUGGCCCACCACCAGCGAAUAAGGCUAUUAACUCCAAACGAUUAUCUCCCAUUGUAGGUACUCCAAACAAAAGCCCAAUAGAAGAUUUAAAACCUAAGUCUGCUAAAACACCCACAAAGCCUUCUCCAGUAGCAAGAAAACCUAUAAAAACAGCUGGUAAUACACCUGCUACGUCUAGAUUCAAUUCUAGACAGCCUAGCAGAGCAGUUAGUAGAGAUCCUAGUCCAGACAAACGUAAAGCCGCCGCUAAAGUUUCUUCAACAUCAAAAUCAGUAACUAAAACUCCAAGUAAACCUAUUACUCGAACACCAAGUUCUAAAUCAAUUCAAAAACCAAUAGUAACCAAUAAACCGGAGCCUAAAAAGCCAAUAAAUAGAACAAAUAGCGUGAAAAGUUUAACAAGAACACCAAGUACAAAGACUUUAUAUGAAAAGCCUCCUUUACUUAAAAAAAGAGACAGUAAAAAAGAUUUAACAGAAAAAUCACAAUCCAUGAAUAAAAUUAAUGAAGUUGGUGCUAAAAAAGAUGAAAGAAAACCAAUCAAAUCAGCAAAAAAGGACAAAGAUCUCAAAGAUGAUAGCAAAAAGAAAGAAAAAGGACAAGUUACAAAAAGCGUUGAUUCUUGUACAGGUGGAGAUGAAGUAACAAAACAGGAUAAUGAAACACAAUAUGACAAAAUUACUAAUGAGAAAGGAGAGUUAGUAAUUUUGACAAAAAAAAGUGUCGUUUCUAUGACUACUGCGGCAAUUACCUCACAACCCUUAGAGGUAGUAACUACAGUCACCAAUCAGUUACCAACCGCAUUGGAGAAGGCAAGGGAGAAAGGAAUCUUUGAAAGGCUGAGUUCAAAGGAGUCAUUAGCUCCAAAAGAUGAAGAAAAAGAAGAUGAGCGUGCAAAUUCGGAAAUUAAAGAAGUUCCCGAAAAAGCUAAAGAAAAGGAGAAUGAAAAGGAUAAAGAAAAAGAUAAUGGUAAAGAAAAAGGAAAAAAUAUUGAAAAAAGAACGGAAAAUGAGAAGGAAAGUGUCAAAGAAUUAGAUAAAGAAAAAUCUGAGAAAGUUGAGGAGAAAAAACCAAUUAAACCCACUAAGAAUCCUGAAAGGACAAUAUUUGCUGACGAGAAUGUAAAGUUAAAACUCUUGCAGCCACCUUACAAUAAUCCUCAAGUAGAAAAGGUGCGGCAAAAAAUAGAGAACAUACUAAAAGAGCCAGAAGUAUCCACUGAAAAUAUCUUAGCUAUUUCACCCAAAGCCGCUCCUGAAACAAAAAAUACUUUAAAAAACGUUGGCAAUAAAACAAAAACGGAAAUUAAAGAAACUAAAGAUGAGGUUGCAAGUAAAUUAACAGAUAUUAAAAAUGAAGUUGUCAAACAAAAUGAUAAAAUGGCUGCCGAAAUACGUUCAGAGGCCAGUAAGAUCGUCGACAGCAUUAUGACGCCGAUAGAGAAUCCAAAAGUUAAAGAAAUUGAAGAAAAAAAGGAGCCCAAGAAAGAAGUGGAACCGAUAGUGGUGGUUGUUAAUGAAAAAAAGAAAAAUGGGCCGACGGAAAUAGAAAAAAUGACCGAGACCCUUGUUAAGGGCGAACCGGAGGUGGAGGUACAAAGUUCGAAUUUGUCAACGCCAGGAACUGAGAAGAUGGUGCUACACCAGCCGGCCGACGGAAGUGCGUCGGAUAAAUCAACGCACAGCAAUGGCGGAUUCCCACAAAGCACGAGCACAACACCCAAACCACCAGCCAGAGCCCACCGAAAACAAUCCAAAGAGGACAAAACUCAAUCCUCCAAUGAUAGCAAGGAGCCAAGCCCGGACGCAGAGAAAGAAAUGAAGAAGCCCAACAUAUGUUCCCGGCUUGUUGGGAAAUGUAAGAAAUGCUGUUCAUGCUGUGUCAAAGGAGAAACUGAUGAUUCAGAUGUCGAAGCACCAGCGGAGAAGAGGGGAACAAUGAGCAGGCUUAAUUGUUGCAAGAAGAAAGAGAAAGCAGCAGAAGACAAUGAUGUGGAUAUUGAAAAAGCGGCGGGAAAGGCGGCAACCAUACAGUUCGAGAGCGAAACGAAACGCAAGCGUAAAUUCCGCGACGUAUUGUGCGGGUGUUGCGGCCGCAAGAGACGCGUCAGCGACGUUUCAGACGUCGCGGCGAGGAACGUCGCGGAGGUGGCGGCCUCACCUGAAGUCGUCAGCACUGGAUGCUGCGGGAAAAGGAGGCACGAGAUCGAAAGGAGAGACAGCAUAUUAAGUGACAGACCUCCAGCCAACUGCUGCACACGCAUGUGCACGUGGGUGCGCGGCGCGUGCCGUCGACACUCCGAGCAGUCUUCCAGCCGUCGCACCAGCAUGUUCUCCAAGAACAAGAGCCUCUCGCCCACACUACCGCCAGAGGAUACACGCAAGAAAUUAGACACGUCUCUAAUAGAACACACGAGCGUGAUGCGAGGCGCCAUACCCGUGCUGCCGACGGUGCUCGCCUACUUCUGUCUCUUCUGUAACAUCAUCGUCCCAGGACUUGGUACAAUAUUUAGCGGCAUGUUCUGCUUGUGUUUCGGAAUACCCAGAUUCGGUGUUCACGACGGAGCAAAACACAGGAUAGGCUCCUUUUUGAUAAACUUACUGGUUGGCUGCGGACAACUAUUCACGGUACUGUUCUGCCUGGUGGGCUGGGGAUGGUCCAUCUGGUGGGGCGUGAUCUUCGUUAAAGUAGCGCGUAAAUAUCGUAAACUAAAAGCAGAGGCGGCAGCCGAGGAAGCAGAGGCCGCGCCGCCGGUCACCGCGAACAAUCACACGAGAACGUAACGACAACGACACGACCGCUGCACGAGUACAAACGUGAACGAGACGGCGACGAGACCGUAUUUAUGUUCAGUCAAGUACCGUUUACACGAUAUUAAAUUUAGUUUACUUUUCAUUAAGUCUAUUUCGAUAUAAAUUGAUGAAAAUGAGACCAAAUUUUAUUAAAAUCAUCACAGAAAUAUUCUCUAAAUGUAACUAGUAACAAUGUUCUGUCUAUUGACUCUAAGUGUGGGAACUAUAUUGCGAUAUCAAUAUAUUGUAGUUACAAUAUCUAUACAUAUAUUAGCCCAAUAACAGAUAUAUUAGGUAUCGGUAAUCCAAUAUAUUACAUCGAAAAGAAGAACCCGCUCAUAAUGAAUAUAGAUAUCCGACUAGUAUGGGCGAUAUCGCAAUGGAUGGUCAUCGGUGUUCAGAAGAACUCAAUAUAUAGAUAUCGGAUAUUAGCCAACUCUUAUUGAUUCAAGCCGUUUGACAGUCAACAGAGCAUAAAAGUAUUCACUUUAAUUUAUCCAAUGAAUUUCAUUUGUAUUUAGAAAUUUAUUUACUAAAUGUUAUAUCCUAUAAACAGUGCUCGACUAUAUUAAAUCUCGUCAUAAGUAAUUUAAUACUUUCAAGUGAAUUUUUAAACAUGAAUAACUCGAAUCGAAACUAACUUUAGAAUCCUAUUAAGUAAUUCCUAACUUCUUAACGAAUAAAAGAGUAUGUAAAAAUUUAAAAGUUAUCAAAUAUAACUUUUAAAGUUGACUUAUUGUAUUGUAAAUAAUAUUGCAAAACGCGUACGUUAUACUACAUCUAUGGUUCAAAUCCAUAGAGAUCUGAAUUCGAAAUGCGAAGAGGUUAGAAAAAAAAAUUGUAAAAUAAUAAUUUAUCUGCUGGUCAGAAAAAUGUUUCAACCAUACGAAUAUGGUUUUUCUAUAUAAAAAAAAUAUAACUUCCAUUCGAAGUUUUCCGGCCAAUUUAUGGUCUUUCUAAAAUAUAAGUAACACUAGAAUGUACAUGGUAAAUUAAGCCCCAAGUGCUUCUAUAUAAAGUAUUACACAUAUAAAUAUAGAGCGAUGCAAGAUAGAAACAGUCUGCAUAUUACGAUACAAGAGAAAAACGAUUUUUGUUUUCUUUAUUAGGUGUGGGUAAUAUAUAGUUGCAAUAUCUAUAUAUUGCCCCAAUAUCAGUCAAUCAAUAUAUAGUAUCGAAAUAAGUAUAGAUAUCCGACUGAUAUGGAUGAUAUUACAAUAGGCGAGGACCUUUAUUCGCCCUCAAUAUCCAAAGGAGAUCCAGUAUAUAGAUAUUGAAGCGAUACAGAUGUUACCCAUGCCUAAUGACCAUGCUAUUAAAUUUCUGAGAAUGAUGAACCAAAAAUUGAUACUGAGCCAUUAUGGCUGAUGAUGAAUAACAGAAUGUCUGUAAAUUCACGCCAAUGAUUACAUUUUCAAUCGACUACAAAAGAUAGAGAUUUUCAAUUCGGUUACACUUUAUGUUUAUUACCUCAUAGCCCCGUCAGUUAAAAACCGAUUUGGAUAAUUCUUUUUUUAACUGAAUAAAUAUAUUUACAGAUUGUAGACCAUAGAGAUUUUAACAAAAUCGUUUCAGUAUUUUGGGUGUUUAAAUCAAAAUAACUGGUUUUGUCACAAUUAAAGUAGGUUUUUCUUUUGUGGGGCAAAAUCUUUAAUUAAUUAUUUUUAAUUGAUAAUAAAAUUAACAGAUUUAUAAAAUAUGCAUGGAAAAUAUUAUGUUAAUUAGGCCAGAACGCCGCAAUGUAUUUAAGUUCUAUCUUGCAUAAUGUCGCGCCAGUUAUAUAAUAAUUAAUAUAAGAAUUUUUGUAUAUGACCAAAUCGUCAAGUUCGACAAAUCAAAUACAGUAGGUGAUCACAUUAAUAACAUUUUUUAGCAUACUAAACGAGUAGUUUUUUGACAUUUUUCCAGAUAUUAUAACAUUAAAUGCAGUAUUAAUAUAUUUUUUAUUAUAUAUUAUAGUAUAUAAUUAAUUACUUUUUACUCAACUGAUAUUAUCGUAUUAUAAUUUUACAUUUGACGUCACAAGGAGAUGUGUUAGCAACUAUGGGUGGCGCCCAUUAUACGCAAUGGUAUUGUAAAUCAUUGCUAGUGAUUUAGCUACAAUUAUAAUAACAUCUUUAGACUUCAAUUGCAGUAUUUCAUUUUGUUUUCUAUUAGCUUUUUGCCUGCCACUUCAUUUGCGUAGAUUUCAAAAGAAGAAAGAAAUAAGCCACUUAUAGAUGGCGCAUCGAGAUAAAUAUACCAGACUUUAAGUUAGACCUUUAGGAAUACAAGUGUGUACCUAAACCACAUUAAAUUUGGUGUAGUAGUUUUUGUAUGAUGCUGGAACAAACAUACAGACAUUGUUGUUUUGACUUCUGUUGCUCUUAUUAAGACCCCUCUACAAUUUUUUUUUAAUGUUAAUAUUUUUAUUUCUCCCACAAAAUAGCAAUAUAAUGAAACUUACAGCUAUAGAGGUUAUAAUUUAAAACAAUCUUUGUGAGACUCUGGUGUCGGUAUUAGUAAGACGAUGGAAAUUUGGUCGACCUAAUAAGGCACAUUGCUAGCAAUAUGCCCUAUUAGGUCGACCUCCACGUGGUUCCCCCUAGAAACCAUCAUGAACAAUUCUUGUUGAAUUCGUCACGAUGGGCUAACUGACCUGCUUCAUCCUCACCUAUCAUCCUUCACUGGUGCCCCGCCGGUGUAUACCGAUAGCACGGGUAGGGAUACCAUUCCAUUCUCACCUAUAAAAAAAAAAAUACCCCGACAACGUGUACCGAUACCGCAGACAGGUUACGAUUCCAUUUUCAUCCCAUUAAGGAAAAAUAUAUAUAUUUUUUUGUAUACAACUUAGAAUGGCAAACAAGCUGACGGCCCACCUGAUGGAAAGUGGUGACCGUCGCCUAUACACAUAUAAUAUGUAACAAUACAAUAUUUUGGUAUAGGGGUGUCCCCAAUCUUGUGACGUCAUCGAUGAUUAAGUUAUAGGAAUCUCAGCUAAUGAAUAUAUUUACCACACCAUUGUAUGGUGUGGUAAUAUUAUAUGUAAUCAUUUAAUAUCAUUGAUUAUCAAGUUCUUCCAUUAAUUCGUUAACAAGUUUAAUUGUUAUAUUAAGUUUGAGAAUUAUCAUAUAAU